AUGGAUAAUUAUGAUAAACUGGAAAAAAUUGGAGAAGGAACAUAUGGUGUCGUGUACAAAUGUAUAGAACUUUCAUCAAAAGAAAUUGUUGCUGUGAAGAAAAUACGCAUGGCAAUGGAAGACGAAGGUAUACCUGCUACAGCCAUUCGAGAAAUUAGUAUUUUGAAGGAACUCAAUCACCCUAAUAUUGUGAAUUUGCGAGAAAUUCUCAUGGAUGAUUCAAGAUUAUAUCUUGUAUUUGAGUUUGUUCCUAUGGAUUUAAAAAAAUUUAUUGAUUCAAGACCUAAAAAACAUUUGGAUGAAAUUACAACAAAGUCAUUCACUUAUCAGUUAUUAGUUGCUAUAUACUUUUGCCAUGUGAGACGAAUUUUACAUAGAGAUCUUAAACCACAAAAUAUCUUAAUUGACACAAAACACAAUAUACUGAAAGUUGCUGAUUUUGGUUUGGGCCGUACUUUUGGUUUGCCAAUACGUGUGUACACUCAUGAGGUAGUAACACUAUGGUACAGAGCUCCAGAGGUAUUGUUAAACACACAACGCUACGGCUGCCCAAUUGAUGUUUGGUCCAUAGGAUGUAUUUUUGCAAAAAUGGCACAAGGAAAACCAUUAUUUCAGGGUGAUUCAGAAAUUGAUCAAUUGUUUCGUAUUUUCAGGAUUUUGACUACUCCAACUGAAGACACAUGGCCAGGAGUUUCCGAUCUCAAGGAUUAUAAGCCGACUUUUCCAAAAUGGAGUGAUAAUAUGUUGGCAGAUUCAGUUAAAAACCUCAGUUCUGGUGGAGUGGACUUAAUGCGGCAAAUGUUGGUUUACGAUCCAAGCAAACGGAUCAAUGCAAGAGAUUCACUCCAACAUAGUUAUUUCAAGGAUUUAAAUAAAAGUAUUUUACCAGCUCUUCCUGAGAUUAAGUUUUAAAUGUUUAUCUGCGUGUAUUAAUAAUAGUUUUAAUCGAUGAU